AUGGAGGUCUGGCUCCUCAGGAUCUUGUAUUUAGUUGCCUUCUCUAUGUGUUUUACUGGGUUACUAUGUCCAGCAGACGCCAAAGGAACAUAUUACCCACCUCCAGCCCAUGGAAGGUUCGUUCACAGCCUUUAUACCUCAAGCUCUCAACCUCAGACUUACGGCAAGCCCAUUACCAGGCACAGGAAUCAUUGUGUGUACGUGGUCGAGAAGAAUGUGACCUGCACGCUGCAGGAUGGCACAGAACCAUAUAUCAAAGCUGAGUACAGGACGUGCAGCUGGGGACCCAAGUGUCCAGGGACUGUAAUGUAUAGGACUCUCUUCAGACCCAAGUACAAGAUUGGAUAUAAGCUAGUGACUGAGCUACAGUGGCGCUGUUGUCCUGGGCAUUCAGGGGACUCCUGCCACGAUGGACCUCCUGUUCAGCAAGGCUUUCUUCCACCCUAUAUAGGAUCCAAAGCUGCUCCUGGGCAGAACCUCUUCCCUCCGCCCAAGACUCCACCUACCUAUUCCAAACUGCAGCCAGAAAGUCUUCCUGACCCACCUGCAUCACCCAAGAAGAGUGGCUAUGGAAGAAAACUGGCCCCUGUGUUUGGAGAGCGUUUGGACCGUGUGGAAGAAGAAGUCAGACGCCUAUCACAGGCUUAUGACAGCAUGCAGGGAAUGAUAAGCGGUCUGGGAGACUCUUUACGCCUUACCAUCCAGGAGGACACCAACAAGAUGAUCGGUUCACUAGUGAGUGGCCCCAGUUCUUCCUCACAGUCCUCUGUUGGCUUUGGGAUGAUUCCUGAUGCAUUGGCUGAGGCCCCACAUAUCCCUGGUGACUUGACUGGGAAAGUAGCUGAGGUGAGUGAGAUGCUCCGUUCAAAAUCAGAUCUUCUAGAAGAGGUAAAUGGGAUGGUCAUGGGCCAUGAAGCACAGCUCCAGCAUCUACUAGAAGCUGCAAGACCAUCUCCACUUACAUCCACUGAAAUGUUAGAACAGUUUUUGGAGGGAAAGCUGGCUGAGGCUCAGGCAAAGCUUUUGGAUGGAAUAGAGGCUCGGCUGCAUAAGAUUCAAGGUAGCUGUGAUGUCAAAGUACAAGCAGUGCAAAAACAAUGCCAAGAGGCUGAGCAGGCAGUGGGUCACAGAAUGCAGCAAGAAAUGGAUGGGCGAGAAGUGGCAGUGAGAAGAGAGAUAUUAGGAUUAACUACCAAAGUACAAGGAAUCAGUGCACCUGAUGGCUGCUGUGGGCGCCUGGAGGAACUCAGCAGACGUGUAGAGGAACUGGAACGUAGCAUGCGCCAGCUAACUGAAGACCACCAUGCCCUAAGCCAGAAAGUGGAUGUAGAACUUACAGGGCUUAUGCUGGAACCACAAAUUGGAGUGAGACUGGAUGAAGUGGAGAGCAGACUCAACUAUACUGAAGAGGGUGUCAGGAGAUGUUGCCAAGAAGGAGAAGAAAGAGGGCACUUCUUGGCAGAGUUGGAUGGGGUAAGGGCCUCUGUGGAUGACAAAGUAAGAGUCUUGGAAGAGAGGCUGCUGACAGCUGUUGGAGAGCUUACCAAUGCCUCAGCUCCUAUGGCACUGGAUGGAGCAGUGAUGCCACUGCUGGAUGCACAUUUGUCAGGGGUAAGGAAAGAAGGUCUUGAAGUUUUAGAUGGGGUACAGAGUCGACUUGCUGCUGUUGAAGAAUUGUGUGCUGCUGGUUGCUCCACGUCAGUAGGAGAAUCUCUCAUAGAGGUUCACACUGAACUUUCACAAUGCCAAAAGCAGAACCAGGAUGUCCAAAAACAGCUAGGUCAUCUCAACAAUACCAUUCUGGGCAUCAAGAGGCAAUUUGAAAGACAAAAGGAAGAAGCAUUACAAGGUGAGAUCACUCUACUGCAAGUUAACUUGAGGAGCAUUGGGCGCUCUGUGCAUGGUUUGGAGGAGUCUGUAAGUAGAUUUGCUGAUACUGUAGUCCAAGUCAACUCAACUGCAGAGGAACGUGGAACCCGAAUAACUGAAGAACUGCUCACUGUUCAAGGCCAAGUAGAUGGACAAGGUUCUGAAAUCCGCACCAGCAAAUCACAGCUUUUAGGUUUGCGUGGGGACAUGGAGAGGAUGAAAGCACGACUUGCAGGACAAAUGGGAACCUGUCAUUCCUUGGCUCGUGAACUUCAAGGGGAGAUGUCCAAGUUUGAACAUAGGGUGGCACAGGUGGAAGGGUCUUGUGGGACUCAAGAAACAAGUUUGCUUGGCUAUCUGGACCAGGUUAACAGCACACUAGUAUCUCAUGAGCAGGGCCUGGAAAUCCUCAGAAAGGAGAUGAGUAAAAUCAACCAUCAGGUGCCAAGCCUGGAACUGCCACCCACCACACAAGAAACUACAGGAAAGAAAUAGCAAGAGUAAAGUGGUGCGGCAAAACUUCUUUAAACAGUGGCAAA